AGAAGCCCGUCUUCCAGGUUUUGGAGCACUUUGCCAAUGUUCAUGGGCUCCCUUACAAGAAAGAAACUUUUCCUGGAACCACAGGGUUUUCCCCAGGAAGAAGGCAGCUCAUCCAGCAGCGUGGACAGGGAGGCUGCAGAUGAGGGGUACAGAGCGCCUCCCCAGACACCUGGAGGUCAAGAGUCAAAGCCAUCAGCAUGUCCCAGCCCCAGUGAGCACAGCACUGCGGUGCUGGUUGAGAGCCAGGGACGUGCACGACAUGCCUCCAGUGUCUCUGAGGAAGAGCUGGAUGAAACAGCCGAGAUUGUCGUUGCUGCAGUGCUACUCCGUUCUGUAGCCAUCAUGCAGGGAGCCACGAGAAAGGAACCAACUGCUCCCUCGGCUGCACGGCCCAGGGUGCCUCCUCCCACCCCAGAGCCUGUUGACUGUACAGCAGUUGAUGAAACCGGAGCAGUGGCUACUCCCUUGGCUACGGUUCCUGGGCACCAGGUUGCUGCCAAGCAGGGAGGCCAAGCGCAGUCUUCCUGCACCAAACAUACACCAGCAGACAAGCCAGCAACGUGCCAGAAACAAGAGCCGUCCCAGGGACUUUUGGAUGGGCCUAUUCAGAGCAGCGAGCAAGGGCUCGGCAUCCAUGACCUCGCACAAGCCCCGGCACUCCAGCCACGGCCCACCCACGUCAGGAGAGCUCUGCGGGCUCUGCACAGGGCUUUGUGCUGCUGCUUCAUCGCAGAAGAGUGGGAGAAGCAGCAAUGUAGCAGCAAUGUAGCCCGGUGGUCGUGGGCAGGGGUCUUUCAGGAUGAAGGCAACGAGGAAGAGGAGGUUAAACUCUCUUUACCUUUGUGAACUUGGACCUUCUGUUGGAUAGUUUAGGCCUUUUUUUGCUUAUCUUUGCCUUGUUUCCUGCCAACAAGUUGUUCCUUCUUUCUUAACGAGAUGUUCAUUCUUCCCUCAUCCGUUAGCCUUGAACGAUAUCUUCUUUUUACAUCUGCUUCUCAUCUACAUCCCUAUAAUUAGGAUAUUUUUAGGUUCUCAUCCACAUCCCCAAUACUUAAGGUACUUUACCAUGUAUGUAAUGUAGCUAGAUACUAGUUCAGAUAGGUUUUUUAACAUCUUCCCCAUCUCAAUUCCCCCCUUUUCUUCUAAAUCAAUAAAGUCUUUCACUUUGUACUUAUUCUCGGCCCCCUCUCCAUAGCUAUUUGUAAGCACAUAUUCCUUUGAAACAUUGUAAUAUCAGGAAAACAAAUAUUCCGUAAAAUAACAGAACCAGGCCCGUAGUAAACAAUUGUUUUAACCAUGUCAAACUUGGUAACCAACUGGUUAGUUUUUCCCAUAAUUCAGUAAAGCCAAGCGAGGUGUCAUCCCGUGACACCUCAUGCAAUAGGUGAGUAUGUUUCCAUAUCUCCUCUAAAUUGGUUUCUAUUCUUCGGAAUUGAUCAAUAUACGUACAGCAACUCCGGUUUAUUACAGUGCACACUCCUCCUUCCUUUGCUGUUAAUAAAUCUAAUGCCAUUCGAUUUUGUAAAACUACCUUACUGAGAGAUGAGACUUCUACCUG